AUGCACGGCGCCAAACCGCACGUCUUAAACAGCAGACAGACUCUUUCUCGCAAUCUCCUUGUCAAUGUUCUCCCUGUCAAUGCGACUGGCCUCGUUUGGGACUCACUACCAGGUCUUGCCCCAGUAAAUGAUGCCCACAGCGCCCCGGCCGGCCUGAACACCAUCUGUCCUGUCGAACUGCUCCGAAGCCACCUCGAGAUAGGCGCUAUCCAUCACCUGGGAGAGUGUGACCAAGACGUCAAGUCGCAGACACUGCAGAUAUGGCUUGCUAGAGCAGGGGCGUGCCUGCAACGCACCCCGCCUACAGGAUGUCAUUCGCCAGUCCAAAUCAAGAUUCAGCCUGGAUAA